AUGAGUAUCUUUGCCAUCGUCGUUUUCUUUGCUGCUAUAGCUAGCCCCGCUCUGGCACAGUCGAGUUCUAGCUUUACUUCCAGUGUUUUCUCUUCCAGCGCUGCGUCAAGCACUUCCGGAGCUUCUUCGAUUGGAUUUUCCAGCCCAUCUGGAAGCAGCCUUUCCUCUUCUACAGCAUCGUCCUUCCUUGCAUCAAUAAUAGCAUCAAAGAGCAGUUACGUAGCGAAAUCCUCCCCAACCAGCACUAGCGCGGUCGUAGCAUUCGCCUCAUCUCUCACAAUUUCUUCUUUGGCUCCCGCUAUCUCCGCCUCGGCUUCCAUGACCUCGGUCUCAUCCAGUGCGAACACCGUCACCACAGUCUCGAGCUCCCUGGUACCUACUAGCUCGAGUCCCAGCGCUGCAAAAAGCACCACCCAGGCAACAACAGCUAAAACGCAGGUAUUGGUUGCCGCGUCAUCCGCCUCAUCUUUCUGCAAGUUCCCUCCAUCCAGCUCGACUAAGUCUACCACUACUAAGACCUUUGCCAACCCUUCAGCCUCCACCAAUUCCAACACUUCGAACCCUAGCGCGGUCGAGCACACGUCUAAUCCAACAACAACUAACAUGAAGAAAACCACUACUCCAACAUCCAGCAAGAAAAACACGUUACAGACCACCAAAACGAAAAAAACCUCUACCAAGCCUACCACCACACCCCAUAAGACUACGCUUUUCAAGACUACAGCAAAAGCAAAGCAGACCACGGCUCCUUCCCCACAACAUACUUCUUCUACAGCGAAAGCUUCCGCCAAGACCUGCGCCAACCUAAGAGCAAAGUAUAAAAGUAUCGAGAAAGAGAUCGCAUCUCUCACAAAACAGAAGAUUUCGAUUCCCGCGUUUUUGGCCGGAUAUCAAACUGCUGCUGAAGCGGCGUUGACGGCGGCGGGAUGUUCCACGUAA